CCUGAGAAACUAUUCAAAGCAAAAUGGAGGGCAGUUCUAUACUCCAGGCUUUCACUAACAUUUAUUUUGCCAUUUUUGCUUUGUUUUGCUUCAAACUUUUAAUUAAGAUUUCCUUGGCUCUGCUGACUCAUUUCUAUAUUGUUAAAGGCAACAGAAAAGAGGCUGCCAGGAUAGCAGAAGAGAUCUAUGGAAUAGUCCCAGGCAGCUGGGCGGACAGAUCCCCUCUGCAUGAUGCUGCCUUCCAAGGACGCCUCCUGUCUUUGAAAACCUUGAUUGCACAGGGUUUCAAUGUGAACCUGGUAACAACAGAUCGAGUCUCAGCUCUUCAUGAAGCCUGUAUGGGUGGCCAUGUGGCCUGUGCAAAGCUGCUGCUGGAGAACGGCGCACACGUCAACGCAGUCACCAUUGAUGGGAUCACUCCUCUCUUUAAUGCCUGCUGCAGUGGCUCUGUGGCUUGUGUAAACAUGCUGCUUGAAUUUGGAGCCAAGCCACAGGUUGGGAACCACCUUGCUUCACCCAUUCAUGAGGCAGUCAAGAGAGGACACCGAGAGUGCAUGGAAGUUCUUCUGGCUCAUGGAGUUGACAUUGACGAAGAAGACGUGCACUAUGGGACCCUGCUGUAUGUUGCUUGCAUGUACCAGAGGACAGACUGUGUCAAGAAGCUGUUGGAACUUGGAGCCAAUGUCAAUGCAGGGAAGCUACUAGACACUCCUCUCCAUGCAGCAGCAAGGAAAUCCAGUGCAGAGAUAGUUGUCUUGCUGGCAGACUAUGGUGCCAACCUGAAAUGCAGAAAUGCUGAACUCAAAUGUGCCCUGGACCUUGCCAUACCCAACAGCAAAGUGGAGCAGGCACUUCUACUUUGUGAAGGCCCUGCCAGCCUUGCCCAGCUGUGCCGAUUGUGUAUCAGAAAGCAUCUGGGUCGAUCGUGCCUAUAUGCGAUCCAUAAGCUGCACCUGCCUGAGCCGCUUGAGAACUUUCUCCUACACCGAUAAGCCCAUGACUAUCUUUGCACUGGAAAAGAAAGAGGAGCAAAAGGUUGUGUACUCCAAAAUUAUUAUAUCAAAGUAAAAAAAAUCAAAGACAUCAUUUACUGUCUACUCUGGGUACCAAACAUGGCUGCAGAUUGUGUACAUUGAAGCCAGUGGAAAACAUCUUUUCACAGACACUGAAUGGUGUGGAUACAGCUCCCCCACAGUUUAUUGCCACAUCUAUUUUUACUUAAUUGAGAAGUCGUAAUACAUGAACAACUCAAUCAAUGUGUUUGUAGAUAGACAUGCAGUCAUCCAUCCACAGAUACACACACAGGAUUUCCCCUGCAAUUAGUGUUGUCUAAUGAUUAUAGGUGAGUUUUUUUUCCUUUGAUAUCUGUGCAGCUUCUUCCACUUAAUUCUAAAAAGCUCACUGUCAAAAUUAAGGCUGUUAUUCUUCCACUAGUGCGGGAAUGAAAACCUUCAGUAAUUAACGUUAGGCAUAUUUGUGUACUGCACAUCUUUUGUCCUCUUUCACUCUGCUUCCUGAGAACUUCCCAUGUUCUACUAGAGCUUCCCAUGCUCUAGUAGAUUCAUAGGGACUUCCAGCAGGCUCUGGCUGUCCAGAUGUCCCCUUACCUGAGCCCAGCUGCCCUCAACACUAAUCCAUAUUCUCUUCCAAGAUGAGAGUGAUGUUACCAAAUCAGAUCUGGGGGCUUGGAGUAAGCCCACAAAAUUAUUUGUAAGUCUUAAAAAAAAAACCUUGUAUCUUCUUAAAAAAAAAAAUAAUAUAUAUAUAUUAUUUUAUAUAUAUAUAUAUUUUAAUAUUUAUAAUAUUUUAAUAUUUAUAUAUUAUAUAAAUCUACCUUAUUAUGAGAUCUGGCUCUGUUUGCUAUAUGAGUAAUUUUUGUUAGCUUAAUUUGAGGAGAGAACAGCAAGCAUUUUCAUAGGCAUAUAGUAGGCCAGCUUUCAGUGUUUGUCCUUUGCAAAGCUUAAUGAAAACCAGAGACUGAGUUGCUUCUCCUCCUUUGAACACUUUGAUAUUUCUCAAGAUAUGUCCUUGGACUGUAGAGCAAGAGAGGGCAAGAGAGGGUCAGGGUCCCUAAGGAUGGUUGUGCAUCACCCAAAUCUUCUUGUUUGUUAUUACCCACUAGGAGAAUAAGUUGGCAGGGCAUCUGCUUCCUCAUCACCUACUCUAGCAUCUUUUAUCACUGCCCUGGGAGGAGAGAAUUUUGAAGGAGAUUCUAGCUGUACUAGGAGUUUAAAUCUUGUCAGGUUUUUUAGCUUGGAUGCAGCAGAAUUAAAGCUGUAGACCUCCCCAGCUGAGAAACUUGGUAUCCAGUGACUGGUGUCUGCAUGGCUAUACAAAUAAACGUUUAUUUUUCCUAUGGAGGCUGUUUUGAGGGCAGAAAUGUUACUGUGGGCCUGAAAGUUGAUAAACUUCAACCACAAAAUGGGCAAUGGUGUAUCACUGGUACAGUAAGACAUAGAGGUUAAAGGGCGGUCUGCGUACACAUAGCCCAGCUUUGCAGGCCCAAAAGGCUGGUUCACUUUCCAGCUAAGAGUGAUUUCUUUAUGAGCUAUGCAUGCUAGUACCAGUUUUCACUGCCCCUACGUUCAAAGUCAGGGGAAAUGAGCCUUGCAAGGUAUAGUGCAGUGAACGCUUUUCCAGCAGCCACUGAGCUGCUGUCAUCACUCCAGCAGAAUCAGCCUCUGGUCCAGUGCUAACGCCUUAAUUUCACCACAUCAGUUUCCCUCCCUGAGACAGAGGACUCACCUUUCCUGUACUUUCCCAUGAAUCAUUCAGUGCAAGUAAGAUAAAUUGUGCUCCCAGCAGUUUGUGAGACUAGGCCUGCAGCGUUACAGCCAAAAACAAAUGUAGUUUUCAGCCUGUGAAGUACCCUGUGUCUGCACAUACUGAAUGCCCUCUGACAGUGAGAGCUGUUGCCCAUAAAGCUUUCUGUGACAUGAAUGACCUUGUAUAGUACAGUAUAUCAUGGAUCUCAGAGAUUUGAACACUAAAUUCUCAAGAGCUUCUGAAAAUCAGAUGCUAUGAAGAAAGAAAUGUCAUAUUAAUCAGAUGUCUGUAGAUCUCUCUCAGGCUUAUCCUUGCUUCCAGCUCACCUACUCUGUUUAUAAGCUGGUAGUCAGAAUGCCAUCUGCUGUCCAAGUAGAGAGACAGAGCCUCAGCUGUGUGGGUUGUCAGGCUUUUAUUGCAAUCAAGGAGUGGAGACAAUUUAUGGGAUCUAUUUCAGAACAUGUAAAACUGAAUUGAUUUCCAUCUGUGAUCAUCAGUGAAAGCAGUAUUUCACUUGCAUAAGAUUUUAAAUUGAAAAAAUGUAUCUUCAUUAAGGAGAUGCAAAGCCUACUCAGCCUCUCAGGAAGGUUUAUGUUAUGAAACAGCAGAAGCUGCCCUAUUUCAUUGCUGAUAUUAACUUCCCAUCAAAAAUUCACCUCGCCUUUGCAUCCUCCCAGAGACAUCAUUCUUCUUGAAAUUCCAUAUAUCAGAGAUUCAAGUGGAACAGAGCUUUAAUAAAUCAAGAGAGAAGUUCAGAAGUCCUCAUGUUAAGCAAUCUCAUGAAAAACUUCACCUAUACUUUUUUGUUCUUAUCAACAGCAUGGUUCAGACUAAAAAUUACCCAUCUAAUUUUCAGUAACUGUGCUUUGUGUUACAACAAAGCAUGAAAAUAUUACCAAGGAAGUAGCUGGAAGCUGUAUUUGAUUUUUGUUUUGUAAAUACGCCAUCUCGUGAGGAUAAGGAAACACUAGUUAUUGUGCUAGGAGUUUGGUAAAUCUCAUUGGUGAUUUUUCCAAAUAAGUUUGAAAAAUAUUUGUCAGAUGUUGACAGAGCUUCUUUUCCUUGGGCAGGAGACAGCUAACUAAUCAUAGAAAGACUGUUUUCUUCAAGAUGGGUGGCACCUCCAUGCCAUUCUAUGAUCAUGUACAGAAACCCAUUAUUUGGGUGAAAUACAACUUUCCUGAGAAUGCAGAAGCUUUUCUGUGUUGCAAUGUCCACUACUAUGCCACAGCUGUAAGACUUUACCCUCUCAAAACUUCCAGUACUGUCUGCUUCCGAGAAAAGUGAAGCAGAUCUCAAUAAUUUCACAGUAUCCUGGUUAGUGGAAAGUGUUGGUAUUUUUUUUUUCCAAGCUACAAACAGCUAUUUUAAGUACAGACUCUUUCAGCUUUAAAGCAGGAUCUUCAGCUAUAGAUGCUCACCAACCAUAAAUCUUUGUCCCAAGUGUAUUUGACAGAAAUGUCUUGAAAAUGUUACUGAUGAGCAGUGUAAACCCAAAAGAUUUUCUUUGAUUGUUCCCAAUCUGUUGAUCCACUUUUCAGUUUUAUUAUCUGUGUUAUGAAAGCCAGAAAUGUGGACUCAGAAAUGUUGAUGAAAUGAAUCUCACAGAAUGAUAGAAUAUCUGGAGGUGGAAUUGACCCAUAAGGAUCAUUGAGUCCAACAGACAUCAAACUAAUUAGAAGUUGACUUCAAGCUAUCAUUCAUUACUUAGUAUUCUUGUUAUUGUGAUCCAAAACAAAACAAAGUUAAUACCAUUUUCAUCAGCCCUAUCUUUAUUUGUAAACCAAAAUAAGCAGUCUUCAUAUCUGUUCUGCCUAGUAAAGGAUGCAUUUCCAUGACUCAAAGCAUUUUUACAGUCCUUUUGGUCUUUACUGUAUCUUUUCUCACGCCACUAAGCUCUUGUUCAUAAGCGUAUCUUUCCUCAUCAACUUCAUUCUGAAUUCAUAUAUUUGUUUUCUGGCUUUAAGAAUAUGACUUUUAAUUUCCUCCUUGAACAGUAUACCUCUUCAACAGCAGCCAUUUUAGUGAUCCUGUCUCACUGUCAGAUGUGUGUUUCUCUAACUCACUAGGCUGAUGUGUUUGGGUCCCCCACUCCACAUCUGCACUCUUCAGUGAUCUCUUGCGCUGGAGGAUGGCCCUGGUGUUUGUAGAGACAUUGCCCCUCAACACCUGCACCCUGCAGAGAGGCUUGCAUACUCCUCAGCUGCCUUGCUGUCCUUUCAAGAACAUGCCUGCACUGGCUACCCUCUUCAAGUACAGCUGGAGCAUUUUGCCAUGCUUGAUGUUCUCCAGGUGUUCUAACUUGGCACCAUAAAAGGUCCACAUUUCUGUCUCCUGUCUGGUCUCUGGUUUAAGUAGAUUCCAAGAAAGCCUUCACUAGGUCUCAGAAUUCCACAUCGUUUAUUCCCAUCCCUGAGUUUCUUCUGUCCAGUUGAAUCUCACACUCUUAAAGUGAAAUUAGAAAGGGAGGAAAAUGCUAAGUUGCUCCAACAGUGGUCAUAUUGCAGGAGCUGAACCUUCCCAAAUCAGCCUUGAAGUGUGGACAUCCUCCCUACCCGUGCAGAUGCAGACUUAGAGGUUGGCUGUUCAUCCCUGCUCUUGUGAUGGGACAUACUUGUGCCUCUUUGUAUGGUGGUACUGGCAAUCAUCUCUUCCCUACUCCGUUUUUCACCAGGGAGCUACAGCCUGGUCAACGUCCAUCUCAGAGCAUUCUGCUUUUGGACUUCCGCUCACCAUUGAUAUUAGGAUUUAAUAUUGUGCUGACCCUGUGCAAAUUCUUGUGAAAACUGCCCAACACUUUCAAUCUCAAUUCUGGCCUCUCUCUCCUGCAGCACAACUUUGCUGUUGGCACUUAUCAGCCCUCUGAUCUUUAUUGGGUGAAAACCACUGGUUGUGCCCCAGAAAGUCGUUAGGGCAUGACUGGCUAUUUGGACUGAUACUAACGAAAUGAAACAUGUUCAUGGACUUUACAGAAAAAUCAGGCUGCCCUGUAUGCUGGGCUGACAGUUUAUGAUGUCGUUGCAUUUUUUUUUUCCAAGAAAUUAAUGAUUAGUACAAGCCAAUUGCUCCUCUUUGCUGUUUUUGUUUUUUGGUUUUUAUUUUUAUUUUUAUUUUUCUUCAAGAGGUGUAUACUUUGUUAUUGUCAAAUACAGAUUAUUCUACAAAGAACUUCUGCCCAAUUUGAUUUCUAUUUCUUGAAAAUGCCUUUAACCUUAGAUUUCAUAACAUUUGCAGAAACUCUUGAUGCACAUUGCAAGUGAAGGGGAAACUGUAUCAGUUUUGGAAUUGAAAAAUCAGGAACUGAGGAAGAAAACAUAAUUUGCAUAUUCAGCUGUGAAUAACAUGUGGGAGCUGGGGAGGGAUGAAUUGGCAGGGCAUAUCAUUCUAGAAUUUCAACAAGUAACACAUUAGUCAGCAAACCAUUGCAACUAAUGGUUGCAUAUUUACCAGCAAUGGAUAAAGUCUCACAUGUGCAGGGGAUUUCCUUUUCAUCUUACUUUUAAGUGAAUUAGACUUAUGUUUAAAGAGCUUUUCUUCAUGUCAAUUUGAGCAAAACUAUUGUAAAUGCAAAAACCCAGCACACAGUCAGUCUAGCAAUUUUUAACAGUACCUUGUCUGCGAUAUCCUGCAAAUAUGACUUCCCAGAAUCACAAGCACUAACUUGGCUCACUCUCAUUCAAGCACAAAAUUGAGGUCUGAGAAAUAAAAUUAUGUUCCAGCUAUGUAAAAACUAAGAAAACAAGAAAAGUGAAUUUGGUAUUUAUAGUAACAAGGGAUUUAAAUACUUCUAACAGUAAGAUGUACCAGACUCUGGAGUGACUAGGAAUUGGAUAAAAAUGAGACUCCCAAGCCACCCCUUGAGGGUAAGUCAGGGUUUGGACUGGGUUUAAACCCAUGUUUUACUGAAACAAUCCAAUGGACUAAUAUGGAGGGUUCUACAGUUUCAUCCUUUCACAUGUAGAGGUUCAGCGGAAAAGAUCUGAAGACAGAGAAAGAAAAAGAAGUCUUCUAACCUUUAAUAUCUUUUCAGGCCUGGAGGCCAUGGCUACUUUAUCUGAACUUCUCCAUAACGCAAGCCGCAGAACCUCACCCAGCAAUUGCGCUAACCCAGACUGAGCCCUGGGCUAUGGCACGCUUUACAAAACCUGGAGGCACUGAGAGCUUCCCACCUCACCUCUGCCGCUGCCACCCUAGGCCAGGAGAUAAAGAGGAUGGGAGGCUACUUUGUCUUUUACAUGCAUUCAUUCUUGUCCAGAGCCUGGAGCUGCCAAUGUGACCAUCUGAGGUGGUGAUGGAGGUGCUACAUGGCCAAGGCUAGCGGUGUUUAUAUCUCAGAUUGUAGUAAAUCAAACUUUUAAAAAAUAAGAGGAUACAUAAGAUGAGUAAUGACAAAAAUUUCUAUACCAAGUUUUGUUCUUUUGGCAUGUCGGUGAAUUAUGCCGCAUCCUACAGAUAUUCAGCCAUGUAUUAUUUUA